AUACAACUUUAUUUCAGUUUUAUUACGGGAAAGAAAGAGCGCAAAGCCAAACCACCACCACCUCCGGGGGUGCACGGACAAUCCAACCACCCAAACCCAAAAUUGGGGCUUUUGUUUCCUUGUUUCCUCUCGUUCAUGGGCAACGUCUCAAGCGGCGGUGCCAACCACCGUCGCCGGCACAGCGGAGCUUUAAGGCGGAGUCAUCCGCCGCCUCCACCGCCGGUGACGCCGCAGCCUGAGAUCGCCGCGAAUCCAUUUGUGUACCAGGGUGCCGCACCUUAUCCGAACCCUACCCUGCAUUACCCGCAGUACCAUUACCCCGGUUACUACCCUCCGGCGCCUCCCAUGCCUCAUCAGCAUCAUCAUCUACAGCAUCAACAUCAUCAUCCACAAAAUCAACAUCAACACCAUCUGCACAUGGACCCGGCCUGGAUUCCAGGGCGUUACCCUUGUGGACCCGUGAUGCCUAACCCUGCACCUUUUGUUGAGCACCAGAAGGCCGUUACCAUAAGGAACGAUGUCAAUAUCAGGAAAGAGAGUCUUAGGCUUGAACCUGAUGAGGGAAAUUCUUCCCACUUCCUUAUCUCGUUUUCCUUCGAUGCCACCGUUUCUGGGAGCGUCACCAUUUAUUUCUUUGCAAAAGAAGGUGAAGACUCCAUCCUCACACCUGUGAAGGAAAACAAUCCUGCUCCAGUGACAGUGAAUUUUGAGCAAGGUCUUGGCCAGAAGUUUAGGCAGCCAUCUGGAACUGGUAUUGAUUUUUCUGUUUUUGAGGAAUCCGAGUUACUGAAAGUGGGUGAUAUGGAUGUGUACCCUCUAGCAGUAAAGGCAGAUGCUUCCCCUGGUAAUCAUGAUGAGUCGGAUAGAACUCCAGCAUCUGGUAACACAAACUCACAGAUUACCCAAGCAGUGUUUGAGAAGGAGAAAGGAGAGUUCCGGGUGAAAGUUAUUAAGCAGAUCUUGUGGGUGAAUGGAAUGAGGUAUGAGCUGCAGGAGAUAUAUGGCAUUGGAAAUUCAACAGAAGCUGACUUGGAUGAGAGUGACCAAGGAAAAGAAUGUGUCAUCUGUUUGUCGGAGCCUCGGGAUACAAUUGUUCAUCCCUGCCGCCAUAUGUGUAUGUGUAGUGGAUGUGCGAAGGUUUUGAGGUUCCAGUCAAAUAGAUGCCCAAUUUGCAGACAACCAGUGGAGAGGCUUUUGGAGAUAAAGGUAGGGUCUGAGGAGUGAAGAAGAAGAAGAUACAUGAUACAUUGUUAACUCCUCAAGCUUCCUGUACAGCUCAACUGUUAUACUUUAACAUCACCCCUGUCUUAUUUUCAUGGUUUCACCUUACUUUCUCUAUUUUCCUAUAAUCACAAAAACAAAGGAAAAUGGAAUUAUAUAUACUUGUGAUUCAAAGUGAACGACAGGCUGGCAUUGCUCAUAACUUGUACCGGACAAUGCCUCCAAUGAGCUUGUUUCUCUGGUCUUCUAAAUAUCAUUUUAUAUCAUUAAAUAUAUUUUGUCA